AUGCAUGGAGCUCCGAUCAGAACGAUUACCGAUAACUUGUCACCACGAUCCAUGGUAACUGAGGAUCCAAAAACUGGCGAGAAGAAGUGGAUUGGCUUCGUGGCCAAUUUGCUGAACAACUUCAUUGAAAAGGUCAACGCAACCUUGGCCAUGCAGUCCGAAUUGGCCGAGGUGGAGGGAAAAAUAUUCUUUGUGAAUAUUUCAAAGUGGACUGCAAACGAUCUGCUGGAUAUCGGGAUGAGCGUGGACACCACUUGGGAAAUGACAAACUUCGAUACGUUCACGUAUCCCUAUCUGAUGUGCUCGUAUUGCUUCAUGGUGCCGCUUCCGGACAGGAUUCCCUACAACGAGGUGUACGGGGUGAUCAUAGACCCCGGUGUGCUAGCUUUGAUCUUUCUUAUAUUCUGCAUCUUCUCGGUGCUGCUGAUCUACAUCCAGGGGAGGUCCUUGAGUCUGACCAGUGUCCUGAUGAACGAUAUGUGUUUGAGGGGCUUCCUGUGUCUGCCCUUUCCCUUUCCCCGUCAAUGCAGCAGGAAACUGAACCCACCACCGCAGCCGAUGAUGCGUACAUUUGGCGAUUUGGAAGGGUCCAGGUACAAGAUUGCCAUGAACUGGGCCGAGAUGGAUAUGCUGAGACUCGAGAACAAUCGAAUCCUUCCGCACGUGAGCAACGAGCGGGUUGAGAUCUUCGAGGACUACCAUGAAUUCGUUAGGUUGCGGGAGUCCUUCAAUAGCAACUACGUUUUUCCCGUGACCAGUGUGCGCUGGGGCACCUACGACGAGCAGCAAAAGCUCCUAUUUAAUCCCGUAUUCUACUACUCCGAUGAAAUCUGCCUUAGCCGCGACAACAUACUAAGCUUUCCCAUUAGACGUCACUUGCCGUAUCGCAAUCUCUUCGAGGAACACAUCCUGCGGCAGAAGGAGUUCGGCUUGCUAAGCCACUGGAUCGAUCACAGCUUCCUGGAUAUGUUGAGGCUAGAACUUGCACCACCUACGGACUUGAGAGAGCCUCCAGAGGAACUGGCCAUCGGUGUGGAUGAUCUCUACUGGAUUCUAGGCUUCCCCCACUUGGAAGAUAGAGUAUUCAGUCUACUCGUGAGAUUACAAUUGGAGGAGUUCUAUGACACACUGCUUAUCUACGGAGACGAUUGUGUUUUUCAUUCAACAUCCCGACGAUUGAAUGCUUCCACAGUGCUCGUGUCCUCGGGCAGCUCCAACUUUGAUUGGAACUUCAGCAGCCUAACCUUGAUACUAAGCUGUGGUCCUGAAGAGGAAAAUGAGACAAACUACGAGACUCUCGUAAAAUUGCAAAUAAACAGGAGAUUGGUAUAUCUACGAGGAGGUUCUAAACCGCAUUCGGUGUGCGAAAGAUAUUCACAGAAGGAACAAUACAAUAUAGCUGCGAUAGCAGAAGACUUCGAAAGUUCAGGAACUGUCUAUACCUGUCGCCACUUUAAGGAUCCUAUCAUCGAGGAAGUGAGUUUACUGGAUAGUAAACCAGUUUUUAUAGAACAGUUCCGGAAUAUGCACGGAAAACCUAUCCGAACAGCGGCAGAUCUCUUAUCCCCGCGUUCCAUGAUUUAUGUGGAUGCAAAGACCGGUGAAAUGAAGACAACAGGCUAUGUGGCCAAUUUGGUUAACACUUUCGCUGAGAGAGUAAAUGCUACCUUGGAAUUAGAAGUUUUGGCCAAAAAAUUGAUCGUAAAGGAAAUUUUAGGAAUGGUGGAAAACGAACAGCUGGACAUUGGGAUCACCCUAGAAUCCUCUUUUCGAAUGACAUUCAUAGACAUUUCCAGUUAUCCGUACAUUCUGACAUCGUAUUGCCUGAUGGUUCAGGUUCCAGCAAAGUUGCCGUACAAUUUGGUGUAUGCCAUGAUAAUAGAUCCGCUCGUCCUGGGAAUAAUCUUUGUGUUGUUCUGCCUGCUCUCUGUCCUGCUGAUAUAUAGCCAGAAAAUGUCAUGGCAGGAUCUAAGUCUAGCCAACAUAUUACUCAAUGAUAAGAGCCUGCGAGGACUCCUGGGCCAAUCCUUUCCGUUUCCAUUGAAUGCUAGCAAAAAGCUGAGGCUGAUUUUCACCAUUUUAUGCUUCGCAAGCAUUAUGCUUAACACGAUGUACGAUGCCUACUUGCAAUCCUUCUUCACGAACCCGCCAUCUGAACCAGAAAUCGGCUCAUUCGAGGAUAUUGGUAGCUAUAACCGAAGAAUUGCAAUGCCUGCACUGGAGGUUAAUGGUUUAAUCAAGACCAAUAAUUCACACUUCAAGGAGAUUCGCGUAGAUGAUCUAGAAAUUUUCGAUAAUAUGCCGGAGUGCUAUAAACUGCGCGACGCCUUCAACCUGAGCUACAACUAUGUGGUAACCGGAGAUCGCUGGAGAUCCUACGCGGAACUGCAGACGCUUUUCAAGGAGCCCGUCUUCUACUAUGCGAGGGACUUGUGCUUCUCCAGACUGAUCUUCUUGUCGGUUCCCCUGCGCAGACACCUGCCAUAUCGUCAUCUCUUCGACGAGCACAUGAUGCAGCAGCAUGAAUUCGGCUUUGUGAACUAUUGGAUGAGCCACAGCUUCUUCGACAUGGUGAGACUGGGUCUGACGCCUCUCAAGGAUCUGAGUAGGCCAUUAGCUUACACUCCAAGCCUGUUAAUGGAUGACGUCUCGUGGAUACUGAAAAUCUACUUGGCAGCUGUUGUACUCUGCGUUCUCUGCUUCCUAUUGGAAAUUGGAGUGGACAUGUGGAAACGCAGAAUGAAAUUCAGAAAUCUACGAAUUCUAAACACCUAUUAA